AUGUUUCACUGGGGAAAGCAAGCCAGGAAAGCCACAGUGAAGGAGACAUGUUCUCGUGCCAGGUUGCAGUUCCCUGUGGGUUGUGUGCAUUGUUUGCUGAGGAAAGGAAAUUAUGCUGAGCGAGUUGAAGCUGGAAGAUCCAUUUAUUUGGCUGGAAAUGCUGCCCGCAACAGCAAGGAGAGUCUGAUAAUCUCUUGUCACUUGCACCUCAUCAUCCACAACAACAAAGAUUUUUGUUUAAUUAUAUUAUUUGUUUAA